CUCUUAUCGAUAUGUUUACCGAACUAGAAGAAAUUCCGAGCAAAGUUACACGCUGAUACUUGGUCUGCCUCGCCGACAAACUGUUUACUUUCCUUAUUAACAUAUCUGACGAAAAACGUAUCGUUUUGAGUGCUUUUAGCGUACUCUGAGCGAGCGAUAUUCGGCGUCCGUCGAUUCCCGGACGAUAUCUGUCGCGAUAACGCAAAAUAAACACAUCCGUUGCAGCAGUUUCACGCGAUUUGUGUGUUUUAUAUACGGUCUUGGAUAUCAUGACGGUGAAUUAUUCCAGCGAAGUGACCUCCUGCACCCGCUUCGGAGUCAGCAGCUUCCUGAAGCUGCUAGGAAGAUGGCGCGGCAGCAUAUAUAAAAUCGUGUGGACCGACCUCGUACUAUACCUCGCCGUCUACUACCUCCUAAACCUGCUCUACCUCUACGGCCUGGAGGAAACCUAUGGCAGGAGGCACUUCAUAAACAUCGUGACGUACUUUUCAAAAUACGGCAACCUUAUACCGCUGAGCUUUGUCCUCGGUUUCUACGUCAACGUCGUCUACAACAGAUGGUGGAGCCAGUAUUCGUGCAUACCGUACCCAGACAACAUCGCCAUUUUGGUCGGCGCCAGCAUACACGGAAAGGACGAAAGGGCCAAGAUGAUAAGGAGGACGAUCAUACGCUACGUGUGCGUGGCCUUUACGUUGACCCUGAGGACUUUAUCACCCAAAGUGAAGAAGAGGUUUCCGACUCUGGACCACUUUGUUCACGCUGGCCUCCUUAAUAGGGACGAACGUGCCUUCAUCGAGGAACUGGACAACGAGUACCCCUCGUAUAUUAAAUACUGGUUGCCUCUUGCGUGGGCUGCAAACGUUACUACCAGAGCUAAAGCAGAGGGCAUCAUCCAGCACGAGCUUGGCCUAAAGGACAUCCUCGAGGAAAUCAACGCAUUCAGGGGACAGUGCAAGAAGCUGCUCGACUUCGACUGGAUUUGCGUGCCUCUAGUCUACACCCAAGUCGUCACUCUGGCUGUUUACUUGUACUUCUUGUUCACUGUCAUCGGCUCCCAAUUUAUUGAAGAACAAAAAGAAGGAGACACUAUAGUAUUUAAAUUCCCUCUAAUGUCCCUCGUCGAGUUUUUCUUUUACAUGGGAUGGCUUAAGGUUGCCGAGUCUCUGAUCAACCCUUUUGGCGAAGACGACGACGACUUUGAAGUGGUGUGGAUGAUAGAUAGACACCUGCAGGUGGGGUACCUCUUGGUCGACAAAAUCCACGAAGAACACCCGGUACUGACCAAGGAUAUGCAUUGGGAGAAGGUAGCACCGCAGCAGCUGCCGUUCACGGUCGCUUCCCAGAAGUUUAUGUUCGAAUGUCCCGUAGAGUCGACAAAUACUGUCAAGAUAAGGAAAAACGACGACGAUCUGAUCAUUCCAGAAUGGGGUAAAAGUCGAGAACCUCUGCGAGACACAGGUUUCAAGCGGUUCUUGUCCAGCUUCGCGAAGAGAUCACGUUUACCACCGGAUCUGAAGCUGCAACGCGUAGCUGCCGGUGAUAAUUUGGUAUUCGACGAUUUUAAUGUCUACGAUGGAGAACCGGUGGCAGUAGGUGGGGAAGAGCGCAUGGAGGACGUAAAAGAAUUCGAGAAGAUGAGGAACGAACGGUUGGAAAAGAGGAAGGAGGACACGCUGAGAUAUUUCGAGAUAAUCGCGGAAAUCUGGAAGGAGGAUAGGGAGAAGGCGAAAAAGUUAAUCGACGAAUUGUUGAGAUAA